CUCUUUCAGGCAGCCGUAGACCUUGGUAAAGGCGUGUUGCUUUUGCCACCAAAUUCGCAUGAUUCUGUCACUCACCAGACCUCCACAGUAAUCUCACUGGGCUCUGGUCAGUAGUUGACGUGAUCAGUGGCUUUCAGAUCACUGCCACCCCUGUCCAAGAUGCAACUUGCAGCCUUGCAGUGGGCCAUCAAAAGUCGAUCAAUUGAUGACUAGCUCAGGUACCCGUACCUGGAUCUAACGGUUAUCGCCGUCGCUACUGGGGCGAUCGACGCGGCCAUGUCUUUCCCCCAAUACCUACACGUUUUUUUUUCGCCCUACCGAGCCGUUUCGAUGAUCGACGAGGUUUAUCGGAAGGCUGUCUUUCAUUUUUUCGAGGGUUUCCACCAGAGGCUCAGUGCGGCAGGACAUAUAUCGGUCUUCAUUGAACCUUUUUUUGACGCGCUUCGUUGUAGUUCGUCGUUCGCGAUUUCCUUGGUGAGCUUACUCCACAAGUUGUGAGUGUGUGGCACAUGGCUUUGUUUCCAAAACCGCCGAGAUUGCGGCGUCGGCCUCCCUGUUCCUGAAUAUCUCGAUCCAGCAGUAAACUUCCGUUGCUGGUCCUCGGCCAGAUGAUGGAUGAGCGUGUCUGCAAAUUUGUUCUGGGUGCCAAGACUGCGCAAGUAAUGUUGCCGCUUUUUGACCAUCUAAACCCCGAAACCCCCCCUCCCCCUUUUGCUCACUUGUAGCCCGCUCUGUACAAAAGUGUGUGCACGGCGAAAACAUUGGCGGUUCCUUUCAGUAAUGUCGUCGGAGUAACUGGGGUCGAGGUGUGUGGGAGUGGGGAGGGGGUGGUUACCCGAUCACCCAUGUUUUGUUUGGCCGGCCGUGUAAGUCUGACGCUACUUUCUUUUUUGGAGGGCUGAACCCAAAGACCCAAACGGGUGUGGUUUGCCCAUUGCUUACUGCGCACCCAGCACGGCGAAAUGUUUAUAAUAUCAAGUUUGGGCGGCCAUGUUUCAUGACCAUGCUUUUCGUUUUUUCGUUUUAUCAUCACUUGACAAAUAUUUCUCUUUGUUACUUCAGUUUUCUACCAUCUAGUUUUAUUUUGUACUGUUCUUCUCUAUCUCGAGUACUCGUCCGAGUUUCUGCUUGAGACAUCUACACUCCCUUGGCCAGGUUAGCUUCGAAAUAUCACACCACGGCCUUUGUUACUAGUGAAUCAAGCUUGCCUCUCUCUCUAUACCUUUCUUAUUGUCGCCCGAUUGUAGUCAAAAGUUCUUUUUGAUCAUCUUCCAACAUGAGGAUCGGCCUCUUUUCCGCGGCCUUGGUGUCGCUGCUAGGCCUGACAGCUGGCCUUCCCACAGAAGCCAGCCAGGACCGUAAUGUCACCCAGGUCUCGGACAUGAGCCCAGAAGAAGUGUCGGACUACAACCAGAAGCAAGCAAGUAUCGCUGCUGUCUACCCGCGACUGGUCCAUGGAUCUCAGUUUUCUCGGCGGUUUGAGUUUCUGAGCUUGUUCAAGAAACCCAAGCCAGGUAUUUCCUACUCGGCCAUACGCGAUGAGGGAGGUUGCAAGACUGCCGACGAAAUCGCCAAGGAUGUUGCAAAGUUCACCAAAUCUUACUCGUUCAUUCGUCUGUACAGCGCAGACUGCGACCAGGUCAAGAACACCCUCGCAGCUGCCAAGAAGCACGACAUGCAGUUGAUGCUGGGAACUCGACCGAAAUUUCCCGUCGCCGACGAGAUCAAGGCGAUUGCGGACCAGGUCAAGGGGGACUGGAGCAUUGUUGACACCAUUGCCAUUGGCAACGAGUACAUGCUCGAACUGAAUCUGGACCCGAAGAACAAGGCCAGCGCUGGACAAAUCCUUGCCAAGCUGGCCGAGGGCCGCGAGGCGCUGAAGAAGGUUGGAUACCACCCGGACAAGGUCAAGCACGCCAAGGUUGUCCUGAACGAGGUCUGGUGGCACGCGCUGGAGAACCCGGCGCUGUGCGACGAGUCGGACUACUGCACCGUCAACUUCCACCCCUACUUUGACCAGGACCACGGCACGGAGAAGGCGGGCCAGUUCAUGCUGGACAUGGUCAAGAAGAUGAGGGACACGUUCAAGAAGAACAAGCGCAUCCACAUCACCGAGACGGGCUGGCCGACUAGGGACGGCGACGCCGCCAGGAACCCGGGCUCGCCGCUCCACGGCAGGGCGUCGGUCGCCAACCAGAAGAGGGUCCUCAAGGACAUCAAGGAGAAGCUCGGCGGGAAGCCCGGUGAGCUCAUUCUCAUGUCGCCCAACAACGACAAGUGGAAGGCCGCUGGUGCGCCGGAUGACCACGUCGAGAAGAACUGGGGCAUUGUCGAGUAAUGAUGUGCACGACUUGGGACUUGUUUUCCUGUUGUGGCAAGUCUUGUUCCCAUUUUUUUCUUUGCGUCUACCCAUAAUACCCUAUUCUCGUCCCUUUGCUACUUCAAUUCUCUUUUUUCUUUUGCUAUCAUCUUCUCCGUCACAUAUGCUAUACAACCCUUCCAUCACGGCUUGUUCUAAGCGCCGAUGGAAGCAUCUUCUUAGUGGCAAGCAGCCCUGUCAGGACUUUUACUGGUACUAAUAGUCGACCGAGGUCGUAUUGCGUUUCAUGUUUCUCUUUUGUCGACUUCUUUCCUCUUUCGAUUCUUUUGUAAAUGGUACUUGGGGUCUAGAAGGCCGGCGUUUUGAUGGAAGAUUUGUUCAUAUAGAAGUAUUCUUGCUUUCAAUCCUGACUAUUCUGCAUUCAUUUCUUGGAUGAUGUCUCAAUGUUGCGAUAUUGUGCCCAAUUGCGGCUGCUGUACGAAUAUUUUUUUAAUUUUUUGUCGGUGGGAUCUGAGGAAUCU